AUGAGAACUGUGCUUAAGACCCCCACUCCACAAGUCCAUGCAUGGAGCUCCAGAGUUGAUGAUAGCAAAAAUUCUGUGGGAGCUGAAUUCAUCAUCAUGGAGAAGAUUUCAGGCAUUCCAUUGGGAAAAGUCUGGGAGCGUCUCUCAGGAAGCGACAAGAUGAAGGUUCUAAUCAACAUCUUCGAAUAUCAGAAUGAAUGGGCGUCUGUUGCAUUCUCAAGAUUCGGAAGUCUAUACUACUCAGGAGAUGUAGACACCCUGCCUGCGGACUAUCUUUAUAUCGACAAGAAUGGGAAUCAAGUCAAUAACCCUAGAUUCGUCGUAGGACCAGCUUCACACAACGAAUGGUUUAUACACGGACGGGAUUCCAUUAGCUGUGAUAGAGGGUCCUGUAAGCAUUCAUGCCUGUUUCCCCCUUAA